UAAAACGUAUUUGUACAGUGAUAACACAUCCAUGCAGAAACGAUCAGGCGACCCCGGAUGGGACUAACAUAAUGGUAUAGUUCGUGUAUAUAAAAAUAUCGCGCAUGCAUAAAUAACUAUAGACUGUAUAGCAGACGUGGUAAGCAGACGUAAAGUGGGCUCCCACAUGCCGUAGCAGGGAAAUUCUGACUGAUUCUCGCAGAUGCGUACAACCACGCCGAUCUCGAAUCCUCUCGUGACGGUCUCAAGUGUCUCCGAUUCGUUAGUUCCAUCAUGGUAGCCCGUGGGAAAGCCAAGUUUGAGGAUGUCCUGGAUAUUAUCGGCCACAAUGGGUGCAUGCAGUGGAUUAUUGUUUUAUUCAGCAUUGCACAAGAGUCCAGUGUUGGUCUCGUCAUUUAUUUUCUAGUAUUCGCGGAGAGCAAAACACCUUCUUGGACAUGUGACGCGGUGCUUAGCGGAAACGUGACGACGACGGUCCUGGGCGGCGGCAACUCCUCAAUCAAUGGCUUUAGCGGUUAUCUCCUGAACUCGACGCAGGACGUGUGUCCGCUGACAUCAUGCUCUAAUAUCACCUAUGAUGUCGGCUAUACUUCCAUAGUCACAGAGUGGGGCCUCAUCUGCGACAAGCAGUACUUCGCCAAGAUGACCGUCAGUCUAGUGUUACUGGGAAUGGGCCUUGGAACCAUCGUUGCGGGCCAGCUUGCUGACAUGUUCGGACGAAGAAAAGUCAUCCUUGGCUCAUGGGCUCUCGUCAUGAUCUUUCAUUCCAGCCUUGGAUUUAUGCCCAGCUAUCCGAUUUACAUAAUCUUUCGUAUUCUUGGUGCUAUGGCUGCAGGGAGUAUUGCUUCAAUCUCCUGCGUCCUACCCUCCGAGUAUGUUGGCCCAAAGGGGCGGGUGGUUGUCAGUCUCAGGAUGGGGUGGCGUGUUGGUGCUUAUGUCAUCACUGGACUUGCCUUCGGAAUAAGAGAAUGGAGACACCUCGCAUUUGCCUGUGGAUUGUUCUUCUUGCCACUUUUCCCAGUUGCCUGCUUCCUUAUGCCUGAGAGCGCCCGUUGGUCCAUCCAGAAGGGCCGGUUUGAAGAAGCCAUGUAUUGGUUGAAAAUGAUUGCGCGGUUCAACAGGAAGCCUUGUCCUGAUAUGGAACUAUUGCAAGAGAUCGCGGGAGCCGAGAACAAGGAGAAACAGGAACUUAGACGUUACACCUACAUCGACCUGUUCAAGGGCAAGGAAUACGCUUUGCGAACAUUCCUACUUACUUUCUCGUGGUUUUCUUUGUCGCUCAAUGAGUAUGGGCUGGUGACCAUGACAAGCAGUCUCACUGGAGGUGUCUACACCAACAUGGCGCUGAUGACAACAUUUAAUCUGUUCGUGAGAUCUUCCGCCAUGAUCGUCCUUAACAUUAAAUGGAUUGGACGGAAGAGAGGCUUCGCUCUGUACACGUCAUUUGCGGUCUUGUGUACCGUCACCGUUAUGAUACUAGAACUGACAGGUUACACCAAAAAUAACCAAAUGGCCAAAACGUGGCUUGUGAUUGCCACAUUUGGAGGCAUGUCAGGGGCUUGGAGCAGCUGCUUUCUUUUCGCUCAGGAACUUUAUCCAUCUCUACUCAGGGGUCUGGCGACAAGCAUUGGAAACAUUGCCAUUCGUAUAGGAGGAGUCAUUGCCCCACAGAUAGUUUUAUUGGGCGACGUCCACCCAUCAUUGACCUUCAUCAUUCUCGGGUCCUUCAAUGCUGUCAGUGUCAUCCUUGUCUUACUCUUCAUCCCUGAAACCCUGAAGACGCCACUUCCAGAAGAUCUGCCACCAAAAAAAUGGAAGAGAAAAGUUGCCGGGUCGGCGUCGGAAAAUGAGGAGAUGAUUGACAAAGAAAUGGCUGAUUAACUGCCGGUGGCGAGUUAAAGGAAAUGAUGAAACAUUACCAAAACGAUCAGACCUCAUCAACCAAAAAUGGCUUUAUUUGUGAACGGCGUUUUUUUGCAUCGUUUUUUUACAUAACUUGUUGUUGCGGAUCCUUGUCUGCACUGUCGCGGUUGCACUCAUGUUGUAGUCUGUAGUAUGAGGAUCAGAAAAUAAGGUGAAAAUAUAUCUGAUCCCCGUUCUUCACUCUUUUUGCUCCUCAUGGUUUACUUUAUAUAAAAUGUAUCGCGGGUGAAGAAGAGAACAUACUGCCAAGGCUAUUUGCUAUUUUAUAAACUCUGCCACAACAUUGCAUUAUUGUCGGUCCAUGCAGGUUUAUACCAGAAUCUUUCAAUAGACAUUCCUUUCAACACCUGUUUUUGCAAGAACUGGUAGAUUAUAGAUUCAAUCAUCUAUAUGUGUACUUAGUUUUGGUUUUAUUCUACUCUCAGGCUUUUAGGGCGAUUCCUUAGGCAAAGACCCAGGAGGGCAAUGAUGCCGAGGAUGAAGAUGAUGAUGAUGAGACUCAAAAAUACCAUUUUUCAUUUUGGGACAAAAUUCUUGUCAUUAACGUUACCAGUGCAGGCAUGCUAAGUGAACAAAGCUAUACUCAUGUAAAUGUACCAGUCUGGUGAACCGUUUUUGGGCGUCCCAUAUUAGUGUUUCUAUAUAGUCGACUAGAGAGACAGUAGGAGGAAACAGACAAAUACGCGUCAAUGCGUCUUACAGCGUUCCAUAACAAUGAGCUUAUAGCAUGAAUAUCUAUUCAUGCUGAUAGUGAUAAGGGGAAACAUUCAGAAACUGUUACACCGAUACAAUCAUACACUUAACUUUAUAUUGUAAAUGCCUCUUUAUAUUUUCAUACCAUACACAAUA